GUUUUCCGCAAACAAUUGACUUCUCAUUUCGACUUUCUUUUUAAUUUCUUAAACGUUCUUAAAUCCGAGUCUGUUAUUAUUUAUUAUUUCUAAUAAUAUUUCUUUCUUUCUGGAUUCGAGAGGCAGAAACCUGGAGAGCUGACGUCACUUUGAUUCCUUGAAGUGAAGCGGAAUAAAACCUUUGAGAGGAGAGUCUCCUUCAAUCUGCCGUCCGUAACUAACACACACACACACACAGACACACCGAGUCACACACUCUCUCUCCCUCUCUCUCUCUCUCUCACACACACACACAGACUCAAUUACUGCCCAAUUCCCCCUUCUUCUUCAUCAUCUCGUGCUACGCCGGCCUCGCGUAACAACAACAACAAGCAAAAGAAAAGGCACCCCAGACCCCCCGGUGAUCUAAUAAUUGAAAAAAAGUGUUCGCUCGGAGGACGAGGUGGAUUUUUUGUUGAGAAACGCGGCGAUACGAGGCGAAGUGUCCGAAAAACUGACGGUGGAAGAGCAGUGAUGUUACAGAGCUGAGGACACUCCCACACAAUAUGGAGUCUGGAGAGCGACUGGCUUCGCCUUCCUCCACCCCGGUCUCCGUACACACCAGCUCAUCUUCAUCCUCAUCCUCAGUGUCUCCCGCGGCCAACGCCAAGAGCAGCCUGAACCACGGAGCCGCGGCCUCGCUCGCCGCCUGCGGUCCUCUGUUUGGGGUGACGGGAAGCGAGCAGCCAUUCAGCAUAACCUCCGUGACCUCAUUGCCCAGUGCCUUCCCCGUGAUGGCACACCCCGCUUUCGGCCUGCUCUCCCCGGGCACGGCUCGGCCCGAGUUCGGCGGUCUCGGGGCUUUGGGAGUAACCGCGGCCCUGGCAGCGCACCCGCAGCUAGGGGCUUUCACAGAGUGGUGGAGAGCAGCCGAAGCUCACGGGCGGAGUCCAGCGGCCUUCUUCCCUCCGUUCCUAGGCCUGCCCCCGCUGUUCGCCCCUCCCCUACAGAACCACGAGGCCACGCCCUAUACGUCUAAAACCCUGAGCAAAAGCAGCCAGGGUCCUAAAGGUGUUAACGGAGCUCUGAACGGCAGCAUGGUCUCUCCGUCCACGACAAAAGGCAGCGCGUCAGCGUCGUCCUCGCCCGCUCUCAACACCUCCAGCGGCAAGCCCCGCGCCCGCAAGGCCUCUCAUCACGGCAACAGCACAGGAGAGCUCCAAGAGAAACCCUCGCAGAAACCGAAAGAAAAGAAACCGCGUAAGAAGCAGACAGAUGGAUCUGGCGCGAGCGACAGCGAGUCAGGAUCAUCUUUGGACAGCGACAUCGAAGGAGUCAGCAGCAGUGACCUGGACGACCUCGGCGAGGAGGACGACGAUGACGACGACCAGAGUAAAGACAGCGAAGAGUCCGACUCUGAAAAAGAACCACAGAAGAAAAAGAAAUUGAAGGUCGUGUCCACAAACCUGCGGCCGAGUAAAAAGGAACAAUCCAGACCGGCGGAAUCUUGGGACCUCCGGGAGGGCAGCGCCACCCCGGAGGCCCGCUCUCAGUCCUCACCGCUCGUCGUUUCCAAAUCCAGAGACAGACUCGCACAGCCCACCAGCGUCAUCCAGUCCACCGGCCUCGCCAUUAACGCCAAAACGCUGGCUCUGAUCGGCGAACCGCUGCAUGACUCCUCCCCUCCGCGCCUCAGCUCCUCCCCUUCCCGACCUCUGACCGUCACCGCUCAUCAACCGAUCCCACUUUCUCUUUGCUCCUCCCCUAAACCGCUCUCGGUCCCUUCCCCUCCCAAACCCCUCCCUCUGUCGUCCUCUCCCAAACCACCAGCUUUGAGCCCCUCCCCUAGGGCACGGGGCUCCGCCCACAAGUCUCAGGCCCCGCCUCUGGACUCGCUGAGCAGCAGGAAGCUUCUGGAAGGCUCACUGUCCCACAUCGCCGACUUCAGACUGAAACAGUCUUUACUUGCGCAAGACCAGGAGUUUCCGCUCCAGCUCAAGAAGCAGCAAGGCCUUUACAAGACCUCGAAGGGUUCCACGGGGAUAUCCUCCUCUUCCUCAUCCUCUUCUUCCUCCAUUCUGCCUCCCAAAUCCUCAUCAGGUCGCACCAAGCCUCCUGCCGCUCAGGUCGUGGCCGCGUCGCCAGGCCUUCUGCUCCCUCAGACAAUCCUGGGCCUGGGCCACAUCAACGGCAUUAUCCAGAGCUCGGCUCAGGACACCCCGCUAGCCCUGACCACCAAACCUCGCUCCGACCUGCCCGUCAACCUCAGCAUCGGCGGCAGGAAGGACAUGUCCGUGCCCACCCCACUGCCUGCUCUAGUACCCGCGUCCGCCCUCCCGGCGCGGCCUCGCGCCUCGCGCAAAAACAAGACGCCCAGAGCCCUGGAGGCCUGGAAGGACGUUUCCCAGAAGCACUUGGUGAAGUCGCUUGUGGACAUGUUCCAUCAGGGAGCGGGAGAGCAGGAGACUCCGAGCAAGAAGGACUCAGACGAGUCGGCCGAGGACGACGACGACGAUGAGGACGACGACGACGACGUGGAUGACGAGGAGGAGGACGAGGACGAGGAGGAUGACAGUCUGUCAGAGUCAGACAGUAACUCGGACAGCGAGCUGAACGGCUCAGCGAGGAAGAACAGGGACACGACGGAGACGGAGACCGACUGCGAGAGGACGCCUUUGAAGCUCGGCAAGAACCUACCCCUGCUCACCUCCGCCAAUUACAGCCUGCCUGACUGCUCGCCGCUCAACCUCCAAGUCAUUAAGCCCUCCGGUGUGGCCACGCCCACCAUCCUGGGCAGCUCCGGUGCCUUGACCUAUCACAGCUCGCCUUCCUCGUCAUAUUCCGUCGGCACCUCUCCAGGAUCCGGGAAAAGGAAGCGCGUUAUGAACGAAGAUGAUCUAAAGACUCCUUUAGAAAUGGGCUGGCGGCGAGAGACCAGGAUCAAAUCCACCGGAGGUCGUCUCCAAGGAGACGUGGCCUACUACGCGCCCUGCGGCAAACGGCUGCGGCAGUACCCCGAUGUCGUGAAGUAUCUAUCCAGAUACGGAAUAACUGACAUCACACGCGAUAAUUUUAGCUUCAGUGCAAAAGUAAGGGUUGGUGACUUCUAUGAAGCCAGAGAAGGACCCCAGGGUCUGCAGUGGUGCCCGCUGAGCGAGGACGAGAUCAUACCACGCAUCAGAGGCAUGGAGGGCCGCAGGGGUCGGCCUCCCAACACCGAGCGGCAGCACGCGUCCACGGACGGCGAGGGCUCCGGCUCGCGCCGCAGGAAGGGUCGCCCGCCCAACGUGGGCCACACGGAGUUCCCCAGCCCGUCCGAGGCCAAGCUGCUCCGCAAACUAGAGGCUCAGGAAAUCGCCCGGCAGGCGGCGCAGAUGAAGCUGAUGAGGAAGCUGGAGAAGCAGGCGCUCGCUCGAGCGGCUAAAGAAGCUCGAAAACAGCAAGCCAUCAUGGCUGCGGAGGAGAGGAGGAAACAGAAGGAGCAAAUCAAGAUCCUCAAACAGCAGGAAAAGAUAAAGCGCAUUCAGCAAAUCCGGAUGGAGAAGGAGCUCCGCGCGCAGCAGAUUCUCGAGGCAAAGAGGAAAAAGCGAGAGGAGGCUGCCAAUGCCAAAAUCUUGGAGGCGGAGAAGCGUUUAAAGGAAAGAGAGAUGAGACGGCAGCAGGCUGUUAUACUAAAGCACCAGGAGUUGGAGAGGCAUAGACUAGAUAUGGUAUGGGAGCGAGAGAGGAGGAGGCAGCACGUAAUGCUGAUGAAGGCUGUGGAAGCUCGCAAAAAAGCAGAGGAGCGUGAACGCCUCAAGCAGGAGAAGCGAGACGAAAAGCGCCUCAACAAGGAGCGCAAGUUGGAGCUGCGCCGUCUCGAGCUGGAAAUGCUGCGAGAGAUGAGGAGGCCCAACGAGGACAUGUGCUUAACUGAUCACAAGCCUUUGCCGGAGUUGUCCCGUAUCUCGGGGCUGGUGCUCCCGGGUCAGGUGUUCUCCGACUGCCUGAUGGUGGUGCAGUUCCUGCGCAGUUUCGGGAGGGUGCUGGGCCUGGACCAGAGCGAGAUCCCCACGCUGGGCGUGCUGCAGGAGGGGCUCCUCAACCUGGGCAACAGCAUGGGGCAGGUGCAGGACCUGCUGGUGCGUAUGCUCUCCUCGGCCGUCUGUGACCCCGGACUGCCUCCAGGACACAGGGCCAAGUCCAUCCUGGGUGAUCACCUGACCAACGUGGGUCUGAACCGGGACAACGUGUCGGAGGUGCUGCAGCAGUACAUGGAGGCGCACUGCGCUCAGACCGAGCUGGCCGACAUGUCCCUGAGCCUGAAGACCAAGGCCUUCCAAGCACACACGCCCGCGCAGAAAGCCUCGGUGCUCGCCUUCCUGGUCAACGAGCUGGCUUGUAGCAAGAGUGUGGUCAGUGAGAUUGACAAGAGCCUGGACCAAAUGAACGUCCUGAGGAAGGACGAAUGUAUCGUGGAAGGAAAGCUCAAAAAGUUAAAGAACGUUCACGCGAAGCGCACAGGGAAACGCGAAGCCGCCGGAGCAGACGAGCCUCACGUUACGGGAACGCCAAGCGCCGGACACAAGCGCAAGCGAAAGGCCGGCGACAGCGACGACGACGAGGAUGAAGACGAAGACAGCGACGAGGCGGUAGACGACGAGGAUGAGGACGAGGAAGAAGAGGUGAAGAAGGCGAGGAAAGUGGAGACGUGCGACGAGGAUGAAGGAGAUCAAUCCACCAGCGUAGAAGAGCUAGAGAAACAGAUCGACAAAUUAACUAAGCAGCAGAAUCUGAUCAGACGGAAGCUUUUCGAGUCGUCUCACGCUCUGCGCUCCAUGAGCUACGGGCAGGAUCGGUACCGCCGCCGCUUCUGGGUCCUCCCGCAGGGCGGAGGGGUCUUCGUCGAGGGCAUGGAGAGUGGAGAAGGUCCCGAGGAGCUUGAGAAGGAGCUCGAGAGGCUCCGCAACUUUGAGCCGGUGAGGAUCAAGGAGGAGCCGCAGGAAGACGAGGAGGAGGAAGAAGAGGCGCAAGGCGAGGAAGAUGCACAGCAGCAGCAGCAGCCGGACGCGCAGGCGCAGGUAAAGCAGGAGGAGGAGCAGCACUCCGAAAAGGAAGUGAAAGAGGAAGACGAGAAGCCCUGCUCGCCCCCGAGCAAGCUCCCGGAGCAGGACGGAAAGCUGUUAGACUCCACCUCCCGCUCUCUCAAGGAGCCCUCCCCGAACCCGCCCGGUGACCUCGCGUCUCUGUGCCGUAGCCCCGACGGCAGCGGGACGGCUGUCGCCGCAACGACCGCAUCAGCAUCAUCUCCAACUCAUUCUACCUCCAAGCCUACAGUACUGUGCAGCACUCCUGCGGACUCCGUACCUCUCGUCGCUCAGUUUGGUGCUCCUCUCCCGCAGUUCGGCGUCCCCCUGUCCCUGCAGCACCAUCAGCACCUCCUGGCGAAUGACCAGCUUCUGCGCGUUUUAACGGAGCGCAGCGGCCACUGGUUCAGCCUCCUGCCUCGUUCUCCGUGUGACGACUCGUCCCUCGUGCAACCCACCGCCCCGCUGCGGACCUCUGCCCAGCCCAGGAGCCCUCCCGCUCCGUCCUGCUCUCCUCACCAACACCUCCAACCUCCGUCUGCCUCCAGCAGCCCUCUCAAUGCUGCUCACGACGGUCUGGGAAACCUCACCGUCUCCCCUAUGCAGGUAAAACCCGGCGGUGCUCUGCUGCCUUUGCCCAUGUGCGGGUGGUCAGGUGGGGUGAUCAGCCCUAAUCUGCCCAUGUGCAGCAGCCCUAUGCCCCUUUGCCCGCUCACUGAGGGCAGCGCCAGCCCACUGCUGGCCCCCAGUGUCUCCACCAGCAAGAGCGGAUCUCCAGCGCCCCCUGGGGACAAACCGCCCUCUGCACCCUCACCUGCUAUAGAUCUGCCACGAAACCACGACCAGCCACAACCACAGCCCAUUCCAGAAGACAUGCUGAUGGGCUGGUGGAAGAUUUCGGACAUGGAGGAACUGCAGGCGCUGAUGAAGACGCUCCACAGCAGGGGCAUCAGAGAGAGAGCGCUGCACAAACAGCUCCAAAAGUCCAUCGAGCUCAUCUCACAGACCUGCAACAAGAACAAAGAGGUAGCUGUGAUGGAGGUCUCGGAGCUGGACGAGGGCCAGGUCUCUGUGGAGACGCUACAGGAAUGGUGUGUGGAGGAGCAGGCCAUGGAGACGGACAUCGCCUUACUGCAGCAGGUGGAGGAGCUUGAACGCAGGGUCACUUCAGCCAGCCUGCAAGUCAAGGGCUGGAUGCACCCGGAGCCCCAGUCGGAGAGGGAGGACCUGCUGUAUUACGAGCACAAUCCCUUUCCCAAGGCCUGCCCGGGGGCGGAGUCACAGGAGGAGCGGAGCUCUGAGAAAGGCGUGAGGCGGCAACCCAGCAACCCGCUGGACAUCGCCGUGAUGCGCCUGGCCGAGCUGGAGCGCCACAUCGAGAGAAGGUACCUGCGGAGCCCCUUAGGGACAACCAUCCAGAUCAGGCUGGAUAAUGUGGGGACGGUCACUGUGCCCGCCCCCGCGCCAUCCACUAGCGCUGGAGGGGAAGGGGGUGAGGAAGAGAUCGCUCCGGGGAUGAAGAUGUGGAGGAAGGCUCUGAGUGAGGUGAGGAACUCGUCGCAGCUGGCCAUGUGCCUGCAACAGCUGCAGAAGUCCAUCGCCUGGGAGAGAUCUAUCAUGAAAGUGUACUGCCAGAUCUGCCGUAAAGGGGAUAAUGAGGACUUACUGCUGCUGUGCGAUGGCUGUGAUAAGGGCUGUCACACCUACUGCCACAAGCCCAAGAUCAACGCCAUCCCUGAGGGAGACUGGUACUGCCCUGCCUGCAUCUCCAAGGCGAGCAACCAGUCUCCUAAGAACAAGAAGCCUCAGAGUCGCGUGCAGUCCGGCGCGGGGAGCAAGAAAGCCUCGGAGACGGCGAAGAAGAACAAGAAGCAGCAGGAGGCGUGCGAGGAAGACGAGGCAGGUGGAGGCGGUAGCGGCAGCACCAGCAACAGCAGCCCAAAGAAAACGGGCGCGGCUUCCGGCCAGGCGAAAAAGAGCUCGUCCGCGCCUCCCGCUCCCAAACCCGAGAGCCCGGCCUGCGUGAAACGAGCCAAAACAGCCAGGGACAACAACCGCGACCUGGGCCUCUGCAGGAUUCUCCUGGCUGAACUGGAGCGCCAUCAGGAUGCCUGGCCCUUCCUCACGCCCGUCAACCUCAAGUCUGUCCCCGGGUACCGCAAAGUCAUCAAGAAGCCCAUGGACUUCUCCACCAUCCGCGAGAAGCUCGUCAGCAGCCAAUACCAGAACCUCGAGACGUUCAUCAUUGACGUCAACCUGGUGUUCGACAACUGCGAGAAGUUCAACGAGGACAACUCAGACAUCGGCCGCGCGGGACACAACAUGAGGAGGUUCUUCGAGAAGAGGUGGACCGAGCUCCUGAAGCAGACAAACUGAUCCACUUGAGGGUUUUUUUUCCCGAUCACCUCGAGCGUGAAGUUUGGAUCAGAACCGCCCAAACAUUUUUUUUUCUUUCCCAGCAAAGCAAAGCGCCGUUCUCUAACCUGAACAUGUCACACCUUCACCUAAAUCCACACACACACACACACACAUAUCCCUGUAUACACACACAACACCCCAAAGAGACACAGGACAGAGAGGGUGUCUUUGUGCAAUAUCAUUUCCUUGUAGAAAAGAGUAAUCGCACUGAAACCGUCUUCAACCGUCAGAGCUGUAUCUAGGAGAAAAAAGAAAAAAAACAAAAAAAAGAAGAAAAAAAAACACUUUCCACUACCUGUAAAUAUAAUUUUUUUUCUCCUGUUGUCUGUUUUUUUUUUUUUUACUUUAUCGUUAAUAUUAUAGUGAAUGUAUUUAAUUUUUUUAAAUGAUUAUUUAUGACUUUAACAAAAAAAAAGGUCCAAUCUUCAUUUUCUAUGAAAAGGAAGAAACAGUGCAAACUGCUUUAAAAAGAAAAAAAAAAAAAGUCAAAAAGAAUGUUUAUUUGUACGUGUGUAUUUUUUUAUUUUAUUUUAUUUUUAAAUAGUUUUUCUCUCCAAAUAUGAAACAAAGCCAAGAAAAAGAAAAGGAACCUGUUUACACCGCUCCGGGCCGUCCUGCGUCGGAGAUUUAUCCCCCCUCACACACACACACACACCAACAUACACACCAUUCCCUGGAUGAGCAGUGCUGUGCCCCCGCCCCCUCACCCUCCGACACACAAUGCAAAAAAAAAAAAAAAAAAAGACAAAAAACACGUGUACAUAUACUGUCUGUUCAUAUCGAUAUAUAUAUAUAUAUAUAUAUAUAUAUGUAUAUGUAUAUAUAUAUGUAUAUAUAUAUAUAUCGAGUCUUGUUUGGAAUGAUGUGUACAUAUGGUUUCAGACAUUGGAUAUUGUUCAUGCCUUAGACCGAUUGUAGCAUUUAUUUUUAGUCUUAAAGUGACAAUUAUUAUUAUUAUUAUUAUUGACACAUUUAUUGGUUGUACAGUAUACAAAUAUCUUCUACAAACACUGUGGUCUCCUUAAUCUUGGUAGUGCCUGCCCUUCUGAACAGGGUGUAGGGAAGUAUUUUUUGUUUGUUUUUCUGUUGUUGUUCUUUUGUUUUGUUUUUACGAUUGUUUUUAAAAACAAAGAGAAAGAAAGAAAGAAAGAAACACCCCCUGGCUUCCUCCGUACACUGGCAUAUAUACUGUACAACACAAGUGUGUAUCCCCAUGUGAGAACCUUUUGGGAGUAGGCUCCAGGGACGAUCACACACACACACACACACACACACACACACACACACAAACAAAUAUAUACACACACUCACACAUGCAGCAGGGUUUUGGUAACCACUAUGGCCACGUCUCAAACCGCAGAGUGGCUUUGUCCUGAAUCGUGUCAUUCUGUACAGCGGUACGCCAAAACGCUGCAUGUUGGUUUAAUAACCUCCUGCUUAAGCGGGAUAGAGUGUGGUUUGGGACGCAGCCCAUGUCUGAGUCUCCUUGUCCUCGUCCUCCUCCUCCCCCUCCUCCUCUUGCUCUUCUUCCUCGUCCUUCAACGUCCCCGUGAGUCUUGGCCACUGGAGGCAGCUAGAACACAGUUUUUUUGUACCCGAGUCAGAGUACUUGAAGUUAUUUUAUUUAAAGCUGUUGUGGGAAACAAAAUGGUAGCGUUCUUUUUGUAGGAGCAUUAUUUUUCACUAGUGCGUAUGUGCAUGUGUGUGUGUGCGUGUGUAUGCCUGUGUACGCAUAUGCGUGCGUGACUGCAAGAAGUGUGAGUGAGUAAGUGAGUGUGUGUAUGUGUGUGUGUGUGUGGCACGGACCUAUUAAAAGGAUGUUUUUAAAGUCA